AUGACUACACCCAUUCCCCACCCAACUGGUAUUCCAUGGCUUGGGAAUCUCAACUCGAUCGAUUUCGAGCUACCCGUCAAGUCGACUGAGCUUCUGGCAAGGAAAUAUGGCGAAAUAUUUAGUCUUAAAAUCUUGGGAGAAAAGGUUGUCUUCAUCUCCUCUGUAAGACUCGCACAAGAGGUUCUCGACGAGAGUCGAUUCCACAAGCACAUUGAGAGCACACUUGAAGAAUUACGAAUCCUGGGUAGAGACGCACUAUUCACCGCGCGUCAUGAUGAGCCCAAUUGGGGAAUCGCUCACCAUAUCUUGAUGCCUGCCUUUGGACCUUUAUCAAUCAAAGGAAUGUUCAACGAUAUGGUUGAUGUGGCUUCUCAGCUUGUACUCAAGUGGGAACGAUUUGGCCCAAACUAUAUGAUUGAUCCUACAGAUGACUUUACACGAUUAACCUUUGAUACUAUUGCACUGUGCGCCUUCAACUACCGUCUGAAUUCAUUCUACACACAGGGAGAACACCCAUUCGUGAAGGCUAUGAGUGAAUUCCUGACCGAGAGCGGAACGCGGACACUUAAACCAGGUACAGUAAAAGCACUGUCUUUCGGGGCCAAUGCCAAAUAUGCCGAGAACAUGAAGAUCAUGAGUAGCCUUGCGACCGAGAUUAUCGAAGAUCGGAAGAAAAAUCCAAUCGAAAAGAAGGAUCUACUGAAUGCAAUGCUAUUAGGACGAGACCCACAAACCGGUCAAGGGCUGAGCGAAGAAAAUAUCAAUGCUCAAAUGCUCACGUUCCUAAUCGCUGGGCACGAGACUACGUCCGGAAUGUUGUCGUUUGCCAUGGGACAUAUCACAAAGCACCCAGAAGUAUACGCCAAGGUUCGUCAAGAGGUGGAUAUAGUUGUAGGACAAGGACCUAUCAAGCCGGAACAUCUUAGCAAGCUAACCUAUGUUAAUGCUGUGCUUCGGGAGACACUGCGCGUAACGCCCAGUAUUUCCGAAUUUGCCGUUUCUUGUGAUAAAGAUCAAAUUAUUGGCGACGGCAAAUACCUGAUUAAAGCCGGAACUACCGUAGCUGUCGCCGCGAGCAACAUCGGAAAGGAUCCUGCGGUUUGGGGCGAGGAUGCGGAGAAGUUUAACCCCGACAGAAUGCUAGACGGCAAAUUCGAGGCACUCCCCCCUAAAGCAUGGGUUCCAUUCGGUAGCGGUGCUCGUGGCUGUAUUGGACGGCCUUUUGCAUGGCAAGAGGCUCUAAUAGUAAUUGCUACUAUUUUCCAAAAAUUCGACUUCGUUGCUGGCGACCCUACAUACAACUUGCAACUAAAGCAGACAUUGACUUUGAAGCCAAAGAAUUUCACUCUCCGGGCCAUUCCACUCUCCGGGCCAUUCCACUCUCCGGGCCAUUCCACGAAAGGACGCGCCGUCAAUAUUGGUCAGAAUGACAGCGGUAGUGGUGUACCUCUAUACGUGCUAUAUGGUAGCAAUACCGGGUCAUGCGAAGGCUUUGCUCAGCAAAUUUCUUCUGGGGCAGUGGCGAAAGGAUUUCGCGCAGUUAUUGGGACGCUCGACAGUAUAACAAAUAACAUCCCUACCGACGGCCCUGUGGUGAUUGUAACCGCAUCGUUUGAAGGAGAACCAGCUGAUAAUGCUGCCCAUUUCGUACAAGCACUUUCUUCGACAGCAGACGUGUUAGACCUCCAGGGUGUAUCAUAUGCCGUCUUUGGUGCUGGGAAUCGUGACUGGGUGCACACAUAUCAGCGCGUUCCGAGACUAGUUGAUGAGGUACUCGGCAAGAAGGGCGCGAAACGACUAUUGGAGCUUGGCGAAGCUGAUGCCAGCGGCGAUAGGUUCUCCGAGAGCUUCGAUGAAUGGGAACAGAAGCUGUGGGGUAUACUCUCAAAGGAGUAUAACGUAGAGUCGAAGGGGUUGAAUGCAGCCGGGAUCGACAUCAAGUUCCUCGGUACUCCUAAUAAUCGGGCGGUAACUCUUCGUCAGCCUGACUCGAGACUGGGACUGGUUCUCGAGAAUAAAUUGCUCACAGCACCAAAAGCGGCUGCCAAACGUCAUAUCGAAUUCGAGUUACCAGAGGGUAUGACCUACCGAGCAGGCGAUUAUCUCGCAAUUCUCCCGCUCAACCCCCCGGAGUAUGUCCGGCGAGUACUGUCUCGGUUCAAAGUAUCGUCAGAACAACAGAUUGUCAUCAAUGCAGCUGGGCCAACAACUCUUCCCUCGGGGAAACAGGUCUCGCUUGCGGAGGUACUUGCAGGCUUCAUUGAAAUUGGACAGCCAGCUACGAAACGCAAUAUCUCCACCCUGCUCGAGUUCGCCAAAGACCCGUCGGACCGUUCCGCACUGGAGUUGAUGCUCUCCGAUAGCCCUCGGGUGCAGUCAAAAAGUAUGCUUGAUUUGCUCGAGAAAUAUCAAGCUAUCGAUAUGCCUCUUGGCACGUUCAUCGCAUCGCUCCCUUCAAUGCGCCUUCGCCAAUACUCUAUCUCAUCGUCGCCACUUCUUAACCCAUCUCGUGUGACGCUGACUGUGAGCGUGGUAUCGCAUGGCCAAUUCUUGGGUGUUGCCUCAAACUUCAUCGCCAAUCUGAGAAAGGGGGAUCGAGUACAGAUGGCUGUGCGUACGUCGGCCAAGGCCUUCCAUCCCCCAGCAGAUCCAAGUGUGCCGAUGGUGAUGUUCGCUGCUGGAUCAGGCAUUGCUCCGUUCCGUGGGUUUAUCGAGGAACGGGCGGCCCAGGCUCAAGCGGGCAGGAAAGUCGGCAAGUCAGUACUAUUCUUUGGAUGCCGUAGUCCGGAUGAAGAUUACCUGUAUGGCCAAGCCGAGUUAAAGGAGUGGUCGGAGCUCGGAGUAGUGGAUGUACGACCCGCGUUCUCUCGUGCUAUGGAGAAAUCUGGCGGAAAUAAAUAUGUACAAAACCGGGUAUGGGCCGAUCGAAAGAUUGUGCGGGAGGCGUUCAACAGUGAUGCCAAGUUCUACACAUGUGGAGGUAGCAAUGUGGCUUCAGGCAUACGCGAAGUAUGCAUUCGUAUCAUAGCGGAGAACAAGUGUGACGAGAGCGAAGCGGAAGAGUACUUCAAGCAGAUACAGAACGAGCGGUAUGCGACGGAUGUAUUUGGCUAG